AUUAUGUCACAUAAUAAAGGAAAAAUAGACAAUAAUUUUAUUAUUAGAUUUUAUGGAAUAACUCAGGAUCCAAAGACAAAAGAUUAUAUGAUGAUUUUAGAUUAUGCAGAAGAUGGAAGUUUACGAGAUUAUUUGGAUAAAAAUUAUAGUAUAUUAAAUUGGGACAAAAAGAUUGGUUGUUUACAAGAUGCUAUACUUGGACUUAGAUGCAUUCAUGAAAAAGAAUUAUUUCAUCGUGAUUUGCAUAUUGGUAAUAUAUUAAAGCUUAAAUAUAAUACAGUUAUAACUGAUAUGGGAUUAUGUAAACCUGCAAAUUAUGAUGCAUCAGAAAAUUCAAUUUAUGGUAAUUUAGCUUAUAUAGCUCCUGAAAUUUUAAGAGGAAAAAAUUAUACCAAGGCUGCUGAUAUUUAUAGUUUUGGUAUAAUUAUGUAUGAAGUAAUUUCUGGAUUACGACCAUAUCACAACAUUAGCCAUAAUGAAAAUUUAGCUAUAGGAAUUUGUCAAGGACUUAGACCAAGGUUUAGUAUUAAAGUUCCUCAAUUAAUUAUACAUUUAAUUAAAAGAUGCUUAGAUUCAGAUCCAUUAAAACGACCAAAAGCAGAAGAAAUUGAAAAUAUUCUAUACACAUGGCUAUGUAAACCAAGUGAUAAACAAACAGUAUUAUUACAAGCACAAAUUGAAGAAGCAGAUAAUAUUAACAACAAUUCACCAAAUAUCACCAUACUUUCAACUAGUUUAGGAUUAUCAUAUGAAAGUAGAUUACUCAAUUUUAAUGAUCUUCCUGAACCAAAAAAUUCUGAUGAUUAUUAUGAACAAAAUGAUAAUAUAAUAAGCAAGGAAUUUUCAGAAUCUUUAGAAUGUUGUCGAAUUAAUGUUCCUUAAUUGAAUAUUAAUUAAGAUUCAAAUAAAGAACUUUUAAAAGUGCAGAAAUAGGCUUAUAUAAAGAAUAUAAUUCGUAAUUAAAUAACAAACUUAAGUUAGCAUCACUAUGUUAGAGUAUUUGUAGUAUUAUGCAUUUUUGAUUAAACAUUAUU